AUGAUUAGAACAAUCGGCAAAAGAGCGGUGAAGCCUAGGCUUAACCCACUAUUAAAAACAAUUUCGAAAAACGCUGGUAUUUCCAAUGUUGUGCUUAGACAAUCAUAUAGGCAUCUGAAUUAUGUGCGCCAGUUUUCCGUUUCUACCAGACAAUUGCAGUCUGCUGAAAUCCCAUUUGAUAAGCUGACGUCUGAAGAACAGCAAACCCUCACUGAGGAAAGAGCUGUCGACAAGGUCGAUGUAUGUAUUGUAGGUGGAGGUCCUGCUGGUUUGGCUACAGCUAUUAGGCUUAAGCAACUGGAUAAUGAACAAGGUGAAGGAAACUUGAGAGUUGUUGUAUUAGAGAAGUCCGCAGAUAUCGGUUCCCAUAUCGUAUCUGGGGUUAUCAUGGACCCUCGAGCACUGAGGGAAUUGUUCCCAGAGAGCGAGUAUUACGAUGAGAAUGGUGAAGGUAUUCCCUUACCUGCAGAAAUCGCUACUAAAGUAGUUGAUGAAGAAUUGAAAUUCAUUAUGGGCAAAUUGGUCCUGCCAGUGCCAGCCCCUUCCCACAUGCACAAUAAAGGAAAAAACUACGUGGGAUCAUUGAGUGAAAUAACAGCAUUCUUAGGUGGUAAAGCCGAAGAGAUGGGCGUUGAAGUAUACUCCGGUAUUGCUGUCUCUAAUUUACUCUACAGCGAAGAUGGCAAAUCCGUUGUUGGUGUAGCUACUAAGGAUAUGGGUAUCUCGAAAUCCGGAAAACCAAAGGACAAUUUUGAAAGAGGUAUGGCAUUCAAUGCAAGACAAGUUGUUCUAGCAGAAGGAUGUCAUGGCUCGCUAACCAAGGAAGCGAUUAAAAAAUUUGACUUGCGUAAAAACUGCCAGAAUCAGUCUUACGGUUUGGGUAUAAAAGAAGUAUGGGAAGUGAGCCCUGAGAAAUUUAAAAAGGGUUUCAUUGCUCAUACAAUGGGUUAUCCUUUAUCCAACGAUGUCUACGGUGGUGGUUUCCAAUAUCAUUUUGGUGAGAAUAUUGUCACCGUUGGUUUGGUUGUGGGUUUGGAUUACAAGAAUCCAUAUAUUUCUCCAUACCAGGAGUUCCAGAAAAUGAAACAACAUCCAUAUUACAGAAACGUCUUGGAGGGUGGAAAAUGUAUUUCUUACGCCGCUCGUGCCCUGAAUGAGGGUGGUUUACAGGCUGUCCCUAAAUUAAACUUCCCUGGUGGUGUACUAGUCGGUGCGUCGGCAGGAUUCAUGAACGUACCAAAAAUUAAAGGAUCUCAUACAGCAAUGAAGAGUGGUAUGUUGGCUGCUGAAGAAAUGUACAAGGCAAUCUCAAAGAUGCCGAGCCUUGAGGAAUUAGAGGAAAGUGGAACUGAGAAAUUGGUUGAAGAGCCUUUGAAUCUUGAUUCUUACCAUGAGGCCUUUAAGAAUUCUUGGGUUUAUGACGAGUUAUAUUCUGUUAGAAACGUUAGGCCAUCAUUUAACUCUUUCCUCGGCGGUUAUGGUGGUAUGAUGUAUUCUGGUUUGGAUACCUACAUAUUGAGAGGUCGCAGUCCAUGGACGUUUAGCUUCCAUGAAUCUGAUGCCUCCAUUACUGAACCGGCUUCCAAACAUAAACCAAUCGACUAUCCAAAGCCAGAUGGCGUUAUCACCUUUGAUAUCAUGACCUCUGUCUCCAGAACUGGUACUUACCAUGAUGAGGACGAGCAAUGCCACCUAAGGGUUCCAGAGCAGGACUUGCAAAAGCACGCAGAAAUUGCAUAUCCAAAGUUCAAAGGAAUCGAGAAUCGCUUCUGUCCAGCAGGUGUUUACGAGUACGUGAAAGAUGAAAGCUCUCCACUGGGAGUCAAGUUCCAAAUCAAUGCACAAAACUGUAUUCAUUGUAAAACUUGCGACAUCAAAGUGCCAACUCAGGAUAUCAACUGGGUCGUUCCAGAAGGUGGUGAUGGUCCCAAAUACUCUUUGACCUAA